AUGGACCGAAAGUUCGGAGCUGCCUGGCACGUUACAGUUGGAGAGGGCUAUGGUUUCGAGAUCACUCACGAGACCAAGCAUCUACUCUACAUGUUCUUCGGAGGAAACCUGGCCGUCACAGUAUGGAACUUGGAUAUUGUUGUAUGGAUGAUACUUUACUCUGAUGAUGUUCGUCAUAAGACGGACGAAAUCUUAGCACGUUUCACCGAAAUCGAAGGAGAUUACCUCGGAAACAGCGUCAACAAUAAGCUUCCAUUAAUGCCAAUGGCAGCUGGUCAAGAGGAGUUGGCCGUUGUCUUAUGGUGA